GUCACCUCGUCCUUCCCCUCAUCAUCACUAUGGCCCAGGUUAUCGUUGUCGGUGGCGGUCUCGCCGGUCUCUCUGCUGCUCACACGCUUUUGGAGCGCGGCGCCAAUGUUCUGCUGCUCGACAAGCAGGGGUUCAUGGGAGGCAACUCCACUAAGGCUACCUCUGGUAUCAACGGCGCCGGCACGCAGUCGCAGCAGGACCUGGGCAUCCCUGAUAGCGCAAAGCUCUUCUUCGAGGACACGAAGAAAUCCGCUCGCGAGCUCGCUCGUGAUGAUCUCAUCCGCGUCCUGACCGGUCGGUCAGGCGAUGCUGUCAACUGGCUCCAGAACAAGUUCGGUCUUGAUCUGUCGAAGGUUGCACGGUUAGGCGGUCACUCGCAGCCCCGCACGCACCGUGGUGGCGCGCAGUUCCCCGGCAUGGUCAUCACAUACGCUCAGAUGGAGCGCUUGGAAGACCUCUCCGUGUCCAACCCGGAGCGCGUCAAGAUCAUCAAGAAGGCGCGCGUCGCUAAGCUCAUCAAGGAGGGCGAGUCUGUCGUCGGUGUUGAGUAUGUCCACAACGGCAAGACCGAGACAGCGUACGGCCCGGUUAUCCUGGCGACUGGCGGCUACGCUGCCGACUUCACGGAGAGCUCCCUUCUCAAGAAGUAUCGCCCUGAAUACUACAACCUCCCCACCACCAACGGCGAUCACUGCACUGGUGACGGUCACAAGCUUGCGAUGCAGGUCGGCGCCCACGGUAUCGACUUGGAGAAGGUCCAGGUUCACCCCACUGGUUUGGUCGACCCCAAGGACCCAGAGGCUAAGGUCAAGUUCCUGGCUGCCGAGGCUCUCCGUGGUGUCGGCGGUCUGUUGCUCGACAAGGAGGGCCAGCGCUUCGUCGAUGAGUUGCAGCACCGCGACUUCGUCACCGGUAAGAUGUGGGAGAACGGCAAGUUCCCUAUUCGUCUUGUUCUCAACGGGAAGGCGUCGAAGGAGAUCGAGUGGCACUGCAAGCACUACGUCGGCCGUGGCUUGAUGAAGCGCUGCAACAACGGCGACGAGUUGGCGAAGGAGUUCGGCUUGCCGCCAGCCACCCUCAAGAAGACGUUCGAGGAGUACAAUAAGGCAGUGCGGUCACAGAAGGACCCCUUCGGCAAGAAGUUCUUCUCUGGCGAGUGGUCCUACGACGACAUCUUCCACGUCGCGAUCAUGACACCGGUCCUCCACUACACUAUGGGUGGUCUCGAGAUCGACCCUGAGUCGCGCGUCAUCGACGGCAGCGGCAAGCCCAUCCCGGGUCUCUUUGCCGCUGGUGAGGUUGCUGGCGGUGUCCACGGUGCCAACCGUCUCGGUGGUUCGUCAUUGCUGGGAUGCGUCGUCUUUGGUCGUGUCUCUGGCGACUCCGCCGCUGCAUACUUGCUCCAGGCAUCCGGCGAGGCGCUCAAGAAGGCCGGCGGGCGUCUGGGCGCCGUCGCGGGCCACAUCUCUGGCGCACCAACACAGGCACCGGCGAAGGAGGAGCCGAAGGGCAGCGACGCGAAGGCGGGCGUGAAGACGUUCGACCUCGCCGAAGUUGCGAAGCACAACACGAAGGACGACGUCUGGGUCGUCGUCAAUGACCAGGUGCUCGACGUCACCUCUUUCCUGCCUGACCACCCGGGAGGGGAGAAGGCGAUCCUGCUCUACGCCGGCCGUGACGCGACGGAGGAGUUCAACAUGUUGCACGACCCGAAGGUGAUCCCGAGAUAUGCGCCGGACUCGGUGAUUGGCACGUUGAGGAAGUAAAUGCAUCCACGAUCUCGCACAGUUUCCUUUGUGUACCUUUUUUGCUGUAUCAUGAGUUACGACGCUUUGCAUAUUUUUAUUGCAUUGGAUUACACGCAGUCUGUUUGAGAUCAGGAGUGAAUGAAGAUGUAGGUGAACGU